CAAACCAAGAAUCCAACCAAGAUCAGUAGUAACCAGACGGAUCAGGUCGCGGAUAAGCAGAGCAAGGCGCGCGCGCCGACGGAUCGAAAUGGGCUCCUGCGUCUCGUUCUCGCGCUCGCCGGCGGCGGCGUCCCCCGCAGCGGAGGAGUCGGCGGCGAGGCGUCAGCGGGCGGUGGCCGCCGCCAAGGUGGUGAACCUGGACGGCUCCAUGGCGCAGUUCGCGGGGCCGGUCACGGCGCGCGAGGCGCUGCUGGAGCUGGCGCCGGGCGGCGGCGGCGGGCCGCCGCGCUUCCUCUGCAGCUCGGACGAGCUCGGCUUCGACGCGCCCGCCCGCGCGCUGGCCGCGGGCGAGGCGCUCCGGCCGGGGCAGCUCUACUUCGCGCUGCCCGCGCGCAUGCAGCGCCGGCCUCUGUCCGCCGACGACAUGGCCGCGCUCGCCGUCCGGGCCGCCACGGCGCUCGCGGUCGAGGCGGGCCUCGCCGCCGGAGGCUUGUCCCCUCAGCGGCGACCGAAACAGGGCGGGGCGGCGGCCGGCGACAGGCGGCGGCGGCGGCAGUCGACGGCGCGAGUGGCUCCGCUUCUCGUUGCCAGCGGCAAGGAGGACGACGGCCGGUCCGGCGUCGACGGUUCUUGGAGCAGCGACACGCACGGCGGAAUCGCAAGGCGCAAGACGGGUCACAGGAGCGGCGGCGCUAGGCGCCGUCGUCCCGGCGUGCCGAAGAGGUUAAGCGCCAUCGCCGAAGACGAAGAGUGAUGCGCCGGUAAAUCGACGGAUUGGUGAGUCGUGAUGACGACCAGGGGAUGCCAAUGCAACUUGCUCGUCUGGACUCUGUCGUCGUGCCGUCUCGCUCCCCCCUGUUCGAAGAUCGGCGGAGAAGCGAACGUAGUAGAUGUACUAGGAGUAGAGUAGCAUCACAAUUUACAGUGCCCGUGCAGGGCACGAGGGCAACAGGCAGCUCCGAUUCUUUCCUUUCGUGCGUGGACCCAGGAUCCGGAGAUAGAUUGAUAUUGAUGGUAGUAUUAAUAAUAGACCAAACGGGCUUUAUCUCA